AUGGCCCCGCGGCCACACCUCCGCCUGAGCGCGGAGCAUCUGGUUAUGUUCCAGAACCACUUCAAGCUGGUAGACAGCAACGGAGAUGGUUGCAUCAACCAGUCCGAGUUCAGGCUGCUCUUCCGGUCGUUCGGCCAGGUCAUAACGAACAAACGUCUCGACCAGAUAGUCGAGGAGGCGUUCAAGAACGCACCGUCAACAGGUGUGGACUUCGAGGCAUUCGUGAACAUUUUCGUGCAACACUUCACCCCGCCGCCCACGGAGCGGGCGGUGAGGGAGGCCCUGAUGCUGUUCGACAAGAAUAACACAGGCUUCAUCGACACGAGGGAGCUCAUCAGGCUGCUCACGACGCGCGGAGAGAAGCUCGAGCAAUCGGAGGUUAACUACCUCUUCGAGCUGCUCGGCAUCCCGCAGAGCACCCAGCGCAUAGACUACGUCACAUUCGUCGAAGACAUAUAUCGCAUGCUGCCAAUAUUACCAAACCGAAAGGUCUGA